GUUAUUAAAAUAUAUAUCAGACGUUAAUAUUUUCCGAAAGAAUAAGACGUGUUUUAAAAAUGUACAAUUUAAACGAUAAAAUUGUUUUUAUCACUGGUGGUGCGGCUGGUAUUGGAGCUACGGCUGUUAAAUUAUUUCUGGAAGAAGGGGCUAAGCACGUCACCAUAACAGAUACAAACGUAACCGCGGGAAGACAAUUGGAAAAAGAAUUGGAAACAAAAUUCAAAGGACGCGUUAAAUUUGUCAAAUGUGAUGUCAGGAAUGACGAAGAACUGUUUGAUAUCUAUAAGACAAUCAUUGAUGACCAUGGGUUUAUAGAUGUUGUGAUAAAUAAUGCGGGUAUAGCGAAUGAUAGUAUUGAUGUAUAUAGGACAGCACUGAAUGUCAAUAUUAAUGCCUUAAUAACAAGUACGUUAAGGGCUAGAGAUCUCAUGCGCACGGAUCGUUCAGGAAGAGGCGGGAUAAUUAUGAACACAUCUUCCGCUGCGGCAUUAACGCAGAAUCGAUUCCUACCCGUCUACUGUGCAACAAAAAGCGCAGUACUGCAAUUUAGUAUUUGCAUUGGAGCACAAGAAAACUAUGAGAAAACUGGUGUUAAGGUGAUGACCAUGUGCUACGGUGUUACAGAUACAAGUAUACUCAGUAAAGAGACAUUGAAACCUUUUGACGAAGAAAUGACGGACGAACUCUAUGACUGCAUUAAACAAUUUCCUGUUCAAAGUGCCAAAUCUGCAGCAACGGGUUUGAUAGACGCUUGCAAGCGCGGUGACAGUGGGAGCGUUUGGCUAGCCAAUGACAAUAAACCCGUUGAAGACAUAACUCCAGUUGUGAAAAAAGCAUAUGGCUUGCUCACUAGUCUUGUUAUAUAGAUGUUAUUUAUGAUUGCAUUUGUUUUGUUAUGCGCCUAUCUGAAUCCGUAUUGAGAACCCUAAACACUUUGUAUAUUGUUUAUAUUUGUGAAUUUAUAUAAAUAAUAAAUACUGACCUACCUAAGAAAGAUUUUUAUUACUUCACAGUAACCAGCAGAUAUAAUCUAUUACCCUAGAUUUGAUCGUACGAUCUCAGAGUUGACAAUCGUAAGCUAGCGAUUGUCUUACAAUUAAUGAACAAAAUAAUGACAGAUGAGUGAUGACACAACAUGUCCAAAUACGUAGUAUACAUUUGACUAUGUAAAGGUCAGUACUCACAUACGGUAUUACUCGAUCGAGCUAAACUGUCGAGUAAAACCCAUGGCAUGGGCUUUCGUCCACACAUUGAGCAUUGAUCUAUCGAGUGAGGCGCGCCGUUCAGUAUUCACCGAACCGUUCGAGCCAAAGGAUGUCUGUGCAACAAAGGAGACGGUGGCUGUAUUUAGCAAGUCUCACAGUGCUAUAUAAGAAAAUCAAAGCAAAUGAAAAGAAAUUUAUCAUAACAUUCAUUUCUCUUAUUUUUGUGGGAGUAAUCUUUGGACUUGACAUUCCAUAAACACUCACACUGUCUAUAUGUGUUAAUAAAGUAUUCUAUAGCGCUUUUGGAAUAAACUCGCAAAUCCAUUUCUCUUAAAAACACGUGUUUUAAUCACGAU